AUGGUAUCUCGUACAUCAAAGUUCAGGUCCUUAGCUUUUGCGUUACACAAGUAUUUGCAAAAUAGGAAAACAGAAGCAGCAUUUAGAAGAAAUAUUCCCAGCUCACCCAACUUGAACUAUUCCAAUUUUGAAAGCUUAAAUGUGACGCAAAAGACUGAAGUACUAGCUGCUGUUAAAUCGUUAAAAGAUUACAAGGAAAGUUCAUUGGUUAUGAAUGAGAGGCGAAAGAAAUUAUUCAGAUUGCUAAGCUCAAAACAACAGAAACUUGCCACAGAAGUUGGGUAUAUGAGUAGAUUAAAUGCUAUUGACAAGGCAAUUGCUGUAAACUAUAAGCUAGUCAACGAUAUAGCCGACUAUACAAUUAAUAAAUAUGGUAUAUCGUCAAAGGAUUUAGCAUCACUUGAUAAGAAAAGUGCAGCCAGCGGUAGUAAUUUCCGUGUAAUUGAAGCAUUAGGUCAUUAUUCUCGUGACUGGCAGCAAGGAAAUGUUGGAUGGGAGCUACUACCUAUCUUUGAGUACAUUGCAUCACAAUUGCAAUUAUUAUUCCCCACUUCCGCUGAGAAGAAGGAAACCGCUUUGAUCUUCCCCGGUAGUGGAUUGGGGAGGCUAACUUAUGAGUUUAGUAAAGACGAUUAUGGUGCUGUCUUUGCCAUUGAGAAUUCAGGAUUGAUGAACCUGCUUGUGGAUUUUCAUUACCGCGAGUCACAACAAAACGAGGAGGAGUUAUACACAGUUCACCCAUACAUUCAUAUAAACUCUGAUUUUUACAGUACAAAGUCCCAAUUUAGAAGUUUCAAAUAUAAACCAAUUGGCAGCAACAACAAACCGGAAUCAUUAAUUACUAUGAAUCAGGAUUUUCUUGAAUUUGAAAUACCAAAUAGAGACAAGUACAAGAAUAUUGUUGUUGUUUCGGUAUUUUUCCUUGACACUGCUGAAAACUUGUUUGCUUAUUUGGAAAAAAUCAGACAAUUGACCAAACCUAGUGGUAGAAAUGGAAGCUUCCCAGAACGUGGAUAUUGGAUCAAUGCGGGACCAUUGAAAUACGGUUCUGCUGCACAAGUGGAGUUGAAUGCUGAUGAGUUGGCUGAAGUUAACAAAAAAAUGGGAUGGAUCAAUGCUAGUUCUGUUUAUUCUGUUUAUGAUCCAUUACAGUUGGGUAAUAAGACCGGCUUGGUUGGAUACUUGACAGAUAAAGAAAGUAUGUGGCAAGGCUAUUAUGGGUUGAAUCUAUUCACAAGUUCAAGAAAAGAAAAUAAAAACGUAUAG